GAAUUUGUUAAAAACGUGGACAAUGAUCGGAAGCAGAUGAACAGAAUUAGUCGAUAUUUUCUUCAAGUUAGUAACGAAAUCGUCAAAAUGAAACCUUCAAAUAUUUUUCACGAUGACAAUUCUUCGACAGCGCGAUAUUGGAACAAAAGUAGCAUCAGUAGAUGGAAUAAGGAGUGCAUCAACCGUGCCAAAUCUAACUUGAGCUUCACGUUGCUUGUUAAAAUCGUGAUAUUAACCAUUUUGCUUGUGGGUUUUGGAUAUCUUUUAUUCUCAUGGAUCCAUCCCGAAUCUUCGCCUACGAAUGAUCGAAAUAAAGCGAUCUUCGUCAAUUCAACUGCAACAAACCUCAGUAUUACCACAAAUUCUUCAAUGACGGAAGAAUCAACUCAAAUUAAACAUCUGAAUAAAAUCGCAACAUUCGAAUCAUCAUCAACCACUAAACAGCCGUCAACCAACGUGAUUUCUUAUGAUGAUGAGCAUGCCGAGAAAUCAACCGAUGAUGAUGAUGUGUUAUUAACAAAAAUAUAUGUCGAGCGAAUAAACUUUUAUACGACAUCGAAUAAAAAUCUUUUCUCUGGUGUUAAGGUUUCACCGACAUUGCCAUCAAUUAUUAAUAAGCAUGAUCCAACAACGGAGCUUCCAAUGCAGAGUUACGUGAAUGAUAAUAGUUGCCAAUCGACAUCACUGCCCCUAUGUCAAGGAAUUCUGUCAUAUGACCUCACCGAUCCACAACAAAAAUGGAAUUUAACUAACAUCGAAUAUCAACAUUUUCAACAUCUCCUCAACUCUGAAUGUUCUAAGCGUGUCGCUGAAUUUGUUUGUCAUAUGUUGGAGCCUGAAUGUCGACCGUCAAGAAUGAAAAACUUGAAACCUUGAAUAUUUGAGAGUUGUAGUCAUAUUAUUGCCAGCUCAGAAGUUUUAACCGAGUUUUUUGAUUGCAACACGUAUAUUGAUUCAAAUGAUCACACAACAUGCGAGGAUAUUACGCGAUUCUCUAAGAAAUGUUUUGAGGAUGAAUUCCAAUGCUCUGAUUAUUCAUGCAUCCCAUCAAAGUGGAGAUGCGAUAAUAUUCGCGAUUGCCCAACCGGUGAAGAUGAGAAAGAUUGCAAAUUUUGUAACUACGAUGAAUUUAAAUGCGUAUCGGAUAAGAAAUGCAUUUCUGAUAAAUGGUUUUGUGACGGUGUCGAAGAUUGCGUAGAUGGAAGUGAUGAGGUCGAUUGUGAUGUGGAAAGUGACGAUGAUGGUGAACUGGAAGAUGACGAAAGAUCAGUUUUGUUUUUCGACCACCGAGAUUACGAUCAAUCGAGUUCAGAGCAACAUGACGAUCAUAAUGAUUCUGACGGCGAUCGAAUAGUCUCAACAGGUGAUGGCGUCGUGCCAAUCUUCAUUAAUCCCAACACAACAACUCAAUCAGAAAUUAUCAUAACAACAUCACCAACAGCAAAGCUUCGAUAUCGUGGUACAAUGCGAAAACCAACAACGACACAAAAACCUGAACCCGAAACAUCAACAACAAUAAUGAAGGUGAAAGAAGAAAUUGUUAAAGCUUCGACAUCACAUUCAUCACCGUGUCCGGAUUUCGAAUUACGAUGUGUUGAUGGUCUUUGUAUAACACUCGAUCAAAUAUGUGAUAAGAUUCAAGAUUGUUCCGACAACUCUGAUGAACUUCAUUGCGAAUAUUAAAAAUCAACAGCGGAGUUGCGAUAAACGAAAUUGAAAGAGUUCGAAAUUGUCGAUAAUCUGCUGCUGUUAUUCAUGUCUUGUUUCUCACCAAAAUCUUUCUGUUGUGAUUAAGUAAGUUACCUACAAAGAAAUGAUCAAUCGAUGCGGGAUUCACUUAAAAUCAUCGUCAACGAUGUAGAUCUGCCCUCAAAAUGAAAAUAAAAUAAAAAUGUUGUUUUCUCUAUCAAAGAUGAUGAUGAUGAUGAAAGUGAAAUGUGACACGACGCACGUUUGACAAUAAACCUCAUCACAAUUUACCUAAACAGUGACAUCAUUUAAGAUCAUUCCAAAUCAUAAUUAUUAUCAUAAAAUUUAAAUACAAAAAGUUUCCUUUUUUUAUCAACUUAAACUUUUCUUUCAUUUUUAUUCAUUUAAAUCAUCGAACGACUACCUAAUUAAAAGAUUUAUGAUUACAGAAAUACAAGAGACGAAAAAAAGGCAUUUUCAUGAGUUUAUUUUUUUUAAUUCAUUUUCUUUCUUUUUUGUCAACUAAAUUAUAACUUAUGAGAUUAAAUAGUUUAGUACAAUUGUUUAUUGAACAACAUGAUUUAAUUUUCUUUUUCAACUUUUCAUUUGUAUGAAUUUUUUUAAAUAAAAGAAUUAAAUUUUAU